GUUAGUUCGUUUGUUUCGUGUCUUUCAGCUGUGGUGACGAAAUGGGCGAUAAGUUCUGUGCGCGACCAGGUAGUCGGGGUUUAGUGUGCUGCGCUGGCUUUGGAGCGCGAUCUGGGUUGCGCUUUUGUUCUGCUCUGAUAGAGACUCUGAGUCUCAUUCUAUGCUCUUUAACGCUUCUCGUCUCCCCCAAGAUUUUGUCCCAAACCGCAUCAACACAACGGGGCAAGACCAAAAAUCCUCGCCCAGCCUCCUCGCUUCGUCGGCAGUGAGAGGCGCAGCGCCUUCCCGCCACCCUGAAUUCACAUCAAAUGCGGAUAGGAAAGGAGUAGAGCACGGUGCGGGGCGGAGGAUCCAGACAUCACUUCUCUCACUCAGGGCGCGCCACUCGGACAGUGGUGCGUGCUCUGAGAUGGAGUCUUCUGAGACGUGCUCUAGGGCCCAGGGGAGGAUGGGGAUGGUGGAGCAGAAUUGCUGGAUGAUUUGGAGGAUGAGGGUGAGCGGUGAGAAGGUGGGAGUUGUUGGGGAGAGAAUACGGGUGGAGAAACCAUCAUCGAUCAUAUCCCAACACUCACAGCCAUGUCCCCAACCCUCACCCUCCAAACCCCCCUCAUUCUCCUCUGCCGCCACUCCAGUUAUCAAAAGACGUCAAGGGCAGAGCAGGAAAUGAUGAAUCUGAUAGCCAUGGAGACCUGAGACAAAGACAAAUCGUCAGUGGCCAUGGGUGGUGGACAUGGCACAAAGACAUGUGGGGUGAAAUCUGGGGCAGGUGAGCACCGAACAAAGACAUUCAGUCUCAAAGUGAAACAAACAGGAUUCUAGGGAGACGGAAGCCCUGCAUCUAUGCCGCUCUAAUACCACUCCACCAGCCAAAUUUGGGCACCCAAUGUUUUUCUAUGCCCGUCAAAAGUUACAGGAGGUGGCACCACAGCCUCCA